CCAACUAGCAGUCUAACAGAUUUAGUUACCCAUCUAGUUUAUAAGCGUUUUCUUCCUUUUACACGAAACCCUUUGAAAGUCGUUGCACAACAAUAUGUCACAAGCCGCUGCCCGUGUCCUGCAGAGUGGCAUGCGCUUGCCACCUCUGCCCACCAUUCGCGAGCUGGUGAAGCUCUACAAGCUGCAGGCCAUGAAGCAACUCAGCCAGAACUUCCUCAUGGACGAGCGCCUGACGGACAAGAUUGUAAAGUCGGCGGGUCGCAUUGAUCACAGCGAUAUAGUGCUGGAGGUGGGCCCCGGGCCGGGAGGCAUCACCCGUUCCAUCCUGCGCAGGCAACCCCAACGCCUGAUACUAGUCGAGAAAGAUGAGCGGUUCGGAGAGACUCUGCAAUUGCUGCGAGAGUGCGCCAAGCCCCUGAACAUCCAAUUGGACACCUACUACGAUGACAUUUUGCGGUUCAAUAUAGAGCACCAUGUACCGGAUACGUCGCAGCGCCUCCAUCUGAUUGGUAACCUGCCGUUUGCCAUAUCCACGAGGCUGCUUAUCAAUUGGUACGCGGAUCUGGCUGCCAGGAGAGGUGCCUUUCGGCGCAACGACACUUGCAUGACACUCACAUUUCAGAAGGAGGUGGCUGAACGGAUUUGUGCCCCUGUCGGAGGAGACCAACGAUGCCGGCUGUCUGUCAUGUCUCAGAUCUGGACUGAGCCUGUGAUGAAGUUCAUCAUACCGGGCAAAGCGUUUGUUCCAAAGCCACAGGUGGACGUGGGCGUUGUCAAGCUGAUUCCAUUGAAACAUCCCAAGACGCAGCUACCGUUUCCUCUUGUCGAGCGUGUGGUGCGGCACAUUUUCAGCAUGCGCCAAAAAUACUGCCGGCGGGGCUAUGGUACGCUCUUUCCACAGGAGGGUCGUGAAGAGGUCACCCACAAUCUGUUCCAGCGGGCUGAGGUGCAGGACACGCUUCGAUCCUUUGAACUGUCCGUUGAGCAAUGUUUGCGAUUGGCUGAAGCUUACUCGGAGUAUAUUGCAUCACAUCCGGAGGUGGAGAAAUAUGAUUACCGGGCGCCUAAAAAUCUUGAAAUCCUAUAGUGCUACGAUUUUCACACCUGUUUAUAAAUAUUGUAAAAUGUAUUUAAUUAGUUGAGUAAACACAAGAGUCUUAAAAGUGUAAA